AACCCUAUGUUUGUUCUUGAUGGUCUCUACUGUGAAGAAGAGCAUUUUGAGGAAGAUUGGGAAGAGGGGAGUGACAAAUGUGAUGAGAAUGUGAAAGGACAUUUGGGUUUGUUGGAACAUGACUUGUAUUGGGAAGAUGAUGAGCUUGUGUCUCUAAUCUCCAAAGAGAAGGAGACUCUUUUGGUGGGUAAGAGUGAUUUGAACUCAGAUGGGUCUUUAAUGGUGUCAAGGAGAGAGGCUAUUGAGUGGAUGUUAAGGGUCAUUGUCCACUAUGGUUUCACUGCUAUGACCACUGUGUUAGCUGUUAACUAUUUUGAUAGGUUCAUAUCAAGCCUUUUCUUUCAGAGAGAUAAGCCAUGGAUGGGUCAACUAACUGCUGUUGCUUGUCUCUCUUUAGCUGCCAAGGUUGAGGAGACCCAAGUGCCUCUUCUCUUAGACCUGCAAGUGGAGGAAUCAAAGUACGUAUUUGAAGCAAAGACAAUUCAGAGAAUGGAGCUUUUGGUGCUCUCUACUCUCGAAUGGAAGAUGAAACCGGUGACCCCUCUUUCAUUCAUUGAGCACAUUGUAAGGAGAAUCGGAUUGAAGACCCGUUUGAAUUUGGAGUUUCUGUGGCGGUGUGAACGCCUCCUUCUCUCUGUUAUUACUGAGUCAAGUUUUUCGUGUUAUCUUCCUUCUGUGUUGGCUGCUGCAACAAUGUUACAUGUUAUCAAAGAGUUUGAACCAUGUAAUGUAUUGGACUGUCAGAAUGAGCUAAUGGAUGCCCUCAAAAUAGAUAGGGACAAAGUAGAUGAUUUGUAUAAAAUCAUCCUGGAAUUAUGUGGAAACCAAGGUCAAAUCCAAUGCCAAACCCACAUGCGCAAGUACCGGUCUAUAUCGAACAGCGCAAAUGGCGUCAUUGAUGCAUAUUUCAGCUGCGAUACCUCGAACGAUUCAUGGGCUGUGGCAUCGUCAGUUUCAUCAUCACCAGAACCGCUGUUCAAGAGGAGAAGAGCCCAUGAUCAGCAGAUGAGAUUGGCACCAUUAAAGCAUAUGUCUGUGGGUGUAGUUGGCAGCCCUCAUUAAUCUGUCACUCUUAUUGUGAACUCCUUUGGGCCAUGGUAUAACAAUCUCUCUUUCAUAAAUUAAUUGCAGUAUGUGUUUUUAAGAUGCAAUUAUUUUGCAUUCCACGAUAUAGUACUGUAUUUGUAGCCAAACGUGUGUAAUUGAUUGCAUGACUUUUAUUAUUAGCAGCGGUGAAUGAAGACAGAUAGAUGAGCUUUGCCAUUUUAAGAUAAUA